UGAGAUUUUCCCUAUCACACCAGCUGUUGUAACCUUUAACCCCCAGGACAAGAUAGAAGAUGGAAGAAAUGGCAGUUAAAUGUAUCCCAGGGAAGGGAGAUGUAAUGCUGUGUUAGUUCAUAAGACAUGGGACUUUGUACAAUGGAAAGUGUUACGUUUGAUUUGAGUAAAAGUCGUAAACUCAGAAAACGUGGUUCUUUACCAGAACUUUUUCAUGCUUUUGAGGGCAUGCUUUUUCACAGACGAGGAUUAGUAGACAGACGCAAUAGAUUCAGUGCAGACCUGACAGGAGUGAACACUGAUUGGCCAAUACAGUUUCAUGAUAUCCAUGGUGACAACGUUGCCUUAAGCCAUGACAAGGCAAGAGCUCGCAGAGCAGACAGUUUCUGUAAAUCUAUAUGCUUUAGUAGUCGACCAAUAGCUAUAAAUGAAAGGGUCUAUCUUAAAUUCUCCCAGACAUCAAGCAGUUGGAGUGGAGUACUGCGCUUUGGAUUUACAAGUCUGGACCCUGGAAGUACACAGGGUCCAGACCUUCCAAGAUAUGCCUGUCCUGACAUGACAAAUAAACCUGGUAAUUGGGCUAAAGCUUUAGGGGAAAGAUAUGCUGCAAUAAACAAUGUGUUACAUUUCUGGUAUAACAGAAAUGGUGAUGUUAUGUUUGGUAUUAAUGGAGAGGAUAUUGGACUAUUCUUCACUGGUGUAGCUACAAAUACUCCUCUCUGGGCAUUGAUGGAUAUCUAUGGCAAUACAAUUGAGAUUGAAUUUGUUAAAUUUGAGGCUCCAUUACUGAACAACAUGUUAAAUCGUCCGUCUGUGUCAAUGCCUUCCGAGAUAUCAGCGAUUACGUCACAGAUGACAGCAAUGACAUCAGAAACACAACCAUCAACCACUGUGGUUCAGUCAAACAGUUUGCCUAUCAAAUAUUAUACAAUGACUAGAUUCUCUUUAAUGCAAUGGCAUAAACUUCAAGGGAAAAAUGUACAGAUCACUGAUCCUAGUCGGACAAUAGCUAAUCGUACACCUGAUGAGUUUUGCAAUGGUUACGUUUUUUCAUCACGACCAUUAAAAUGUGGUGAAAAAGUAGUGUUACAAGUACUAGGAAUAGAUAGAUCAUAUGUUGGUGGAUUAGCCGUGGGCUUUACUACGUGUUCACCCGAUUCUGUGUCACAAUCAGAACUUCCUGACGAUGCUGAUUUAUUAUUAGAUAGAAUGGAAUAUUGGGUUGUAAAUAAAGACGUAUAUCGGUCACCAGAAAUAGGAGACGAGUUGUGUUUUCAUUUAACUAAUGAGGGAGAAGUGCGAUAUUCCAGAAACAACAGUAAAGUAGCCACUCUAAUGCAUGUAGAUAGAACAUUACCAUUAUGGAUAUUUUUUGACAUAUAUGGAAACAUACAAAAAAUGAGAUGUUUAGGUGUAGCACCUCAUCAGCCACCAGUGCCACCUCGACCACGUUCAACCUCCUACCUAACCCAGGGAUCACCACUUAGUGUAGCUCUACCCCGUCCAGAGAGACCAGUUCAACCUACCAACCAAAACAUCGCUAAUUCUCAUGCUAGCACGCUACAACAAAGGCAACUGCAGGAACAGCAUGCAGCAUCCAUGGUACGGAGUAUCAGCGUGCCGUCUGGGGUUUAUGUUUCGUCCAAAUCGUCUCCUCCUGUUCCACCUAAAACCCAUAAAUCCCAUUCCAUUUCGACACCAACAUCACCGACAGAAAAUAUGAUCCCUGAAAAUGAUAUAAGUGAAUGUACAGUAUGUUAUGAAAGGGAAGUUAAUUCUGUGUUAUAUAAAUGUGGACACGUGUGUAUGUGUUUCGAAUGUGCCAUUCAUGUAAAGGAAAAAGGAGCUUUAUGUCCUAUCUGUCGACAGACAAUAUUAGACGUCAUCAAAAUAUAUAAAACAUGAAACACUGUUAUAAGCAUUAUAUUUGAUUCUUUAUAAGGAUAGAACCAUUAUGUUUGGUUUAGUAGGUAGUGUUAACUUCCUUUCCUCCUAUCUGUGAUUGUAAUUUAAUUUAAGAAUUAUUUGUAACCUAAGAUAUUUACUAAGGUCAUUAAAUUAUUUAUUUUUGGCAUAUUUUUUUCCAAAGCUUAUACAAGUUAAAAAUUGUCAGAAAAGUGCUAGCCAAAAAUAUCUGAGUUAACUAUGUGGAAAUCUAUUUAGUAUACAUUGUGAAGUAGAAAAAAUGAUAAAUUUAGAGGUGCUACUUAUUGGAAAGCCAAAGUAGAUAAAUGUAGUAAAAUUGUAAUAUUGCUGGCAGUAUUACAUAAAAAUGUGGCAUUUAGAUCAAAUUUAAAGGUCUCAUUUCUACUUCAAUAUGCAUUACUUUGUUAUGAUAUUUGAAAUAAAAUUCUCUUCAUUCAGAUUCAGUAGUUUACCAUUUUAAGAAUAUCAGAAAAUUAUCACACUAAUUCAAUUUGAUCAAACUUAAUGAAAAAUAAUCUUUUUGUUUAUAACCCUCAUUUCUUUCUGUAUUUGUUUUCUCCAGUCUAUUUUUAGUCAUCAAUAUUUUGUUUUCACCAAUUUCCCCUUUUCAAUCUCAGGACUUUUUAUACAUUCUUUUUAUUUCUUGUAAUGUAUUUGUUUUUGAGUUAUCCCCCUUUGAAUGGUGCUCAUUUAUUGUUUUAUCUUUGACAAGUGCUGUUGUGUACAUAGAUAUGAUUGAGAAUAAUGCAUUUUAAAAGUAGAUAUAGUUGUAUUGAAAAAGAAAUUAAAUUUCUUUUAUAUAUAUACUGGUCUGUGGUAACAUUCAUUAACAUUAUCAUGGAUUCAAUUUUAUACAUGUUUUAUUUGAAUACUAAAUUCAGAAAUUUUUGCAAUGUUUUUCUUAAUCCAAUAAAGCAUCUCAUUAAUUCAAAAACACAUUCUCAAUUCAUUUACCAUAAGAUUAAGCAUUUUCAGAAAUCCCAUAACUUUUUGUCUUUACAAAAAUUGGCCACAAUAACAUAAUUGAAGAAUGCAAAAAUAGUAAUGUUCUUAAAUUCAAAUUCACUUGAGUCAUCAAUUGGAUCUGAAAAACAAAAUCAGAAUUUGUAAGGUUUUAAAUUGAAAAAUAAAACAUAAUGUUAGAGCCUUUCAGAAAAAAAAAUCUAUUUUUAAAAUGUAAUUUUGUACUGUUUUAUUUGGUGUUGUUUUCAAUAUAAAAAGCUUUAAUAUUUGAAAAAGAAGGUCCAUUUCAUCAGUACUUAUACAUCUAUCAAUAAAUUUUGAUGAUAUUAGCUUUCAUUAAUCAUAACAUUCAAAAUAUAGACCAGUUUUCUUAUGUCAUAAUGGUUGUUAAAUAUAUUUGAAGAGAUAUUAUAUUUAUAUGUAUAUAAUGGUUUAGUGCAAUUGUUUUUAUAACUCUUUAAAACUUGUUAUCUAACAAUGCAAGAUGUCGGUAUAUAUGAAAUUAUUUAUUGAGCUAUUUCCCCUUUUCAUCAUUUUUCAUUUAGAUCAAAAUUGUAUAAAAAUGUGUCCUAUAAAAUAUUCUGAAUAUGAACUAAUAAUUUCUUAAAAUAUCAAAUUAACAUCAAAUUAACGUUUUUUGAAGUUUCAAUUUAAAACUAACAAUUACUUACACAUAGAUUACGACUGUUUUCUGUGGUGAUAUGUUGUUGUAACUUUUUUGUAUACAUUUUCCUACAUAUUGAAUUCAAACUCUUUCUACUAAAAUAAUGUAUAUUAAAACAUUUUACCAAAUGAUGAAACGAUAGAAAUCAUUUAGCAUGUUGAACGAGUUUAAAUGGCAGAUUAUUAUUGUAUGAAUUUGAGAAUUCUUUCCAUUUCAUUGAGUAUUUUAACUAACAGGGUGACUGGUUCACACACAAAGUAUUAUAUAUUUUCAUUCAUUCAUUCAUUCAUCAAAUUAGGAUUUGUUUUCUCACUAUUUCUAUCAAUUCUAUAGGGGUGUAUUUAUUUUUACACAAAGUCAGCAGCUCUGAAAGUCUUAUUUGGUCAUCAGAAGACCUACUAGAUAAGAGAAAAACUCAAAAAUUAUUUUCAUGUUUUUAAGAAUUCAAAAAUUGCAGCAUUAUCAGAUUGCAAUAAUAAAAACUUGCAUUCAUAAUUUCAGUAGUAAUUAUUCUUUGGUUACUUAUAUUUAAUUUCCUAUCAUGUUAAAUAAGUGCAAACAUACAAACCAUGCAAAUGGUUUGCAGAAUGCAAUAAUGUUGAUAUGAAGUGAGUAGUGAUCUUUAAUGCUCAGAUUAAACACAAUCAUGCAUAUUUUAGGCAUUGAAAUCUUAAAUGAAAACCUUGAAAUUAUCCAGAUUUACAAUAUUGUUAGUCUUUACAGAUUUUGUAGAAGAAAUGAUAUUUUAUCAGACAGAAUUGUCCUUUUCUUGUUGAUAAGAUAAUGGUGAAGUUAAAACAUUUGAUUUCAAUUGCAAUUGUUUCCAUCUAUUUUCUUGUCAGUUCCUUACUAUAUCAUCUUUAUAGAAUCACUAAUCGGUGACUGCAAUAGUUUGAAAAGAAAGUCAUUGUACUAUGUACCAUGAUUUUUAAUUUCUUAUAGCUGUCUCUGUUGAAAAAGAAUAAGAUUUUUAAAAUGAGGUAGCUCUGUACACAUUCUGACUUAUUUUAUAUUAUUAUUUUUCAAGGGUACAGAGUUAUAAAUGAAGAUGAAUAUCAUUAUCAGCUUUAAUGUAGAAAUUGUUCUACAUUUCACUUAAUUUCAUUGUUAUUAUGUCAUCUUGUUACAUUAGAUGAGAGUUGCUGGAGUGUAAUAUACAAAUAAACAUUUUAGUAUGA